AAGGAAAGAAUCGUUUUGGUGGGGGGGGGGAAGGGGGUCUGCUGAGGCUUGUUCUACACUGGGAAACCCCCGGUCUGCAAUGCAGAGCUCUUUCGACAAAAACGGGAAGACAGAAAUGAAGAGAGAGAGAAAGAAAAAAGAAAAAAAAAGAGAGAAAAAAAAGAGCAAAAAAAGAAACGGAGCGAGAUCAAACGUCCCGGUUGGGCGGGCAGCCAGAGGCUACCUAGGUAUCCGUACUACGUACUCGGCUAAGUGUAUCGCAGGCAGGUAGGUACCUAUCUGCAGGUAGGAAAUCAAUUGGUGUGUACAUGCAGCCUCUCAGUCAGCAUCACAUCACCCCAUCGCUUACCGGCGCAAGGUUUCCAUUCUGCCUUAGUUUUUAUCAAACCCGCAGUGGGGGGAAAGCAUACACGGGUAGCAACACUAAAAGGAAUCCCUCGGGUGGCUUUUUUUUGAGGAGAGCGCAUGAAUGCGAUGGCGAUGGCAACUCUCGAGAGACACUGGCGCAGGUCCAUAUCCAUGCCAUGCCAUGCCAUGCCAUGCCUGUUGGAGUCCUCCCAUCCCAUGUAAAAUAUCCGUACAGCACGAUCCUGUACACUGCCGACAAGCGCCCCGGCGUCAACACCAACGCCAACGCCAUCCAGCGCCAGCAGACAUUGCCCCCCCAGGUCCCAGUUGUCCCCCGCCGCCGCCGACGCCGCCGGUGGUCUCAGCUCCACAACGAUGCCUCCGAGGACGACGACGCCUCUCCCCUCCCCUCCCCCCCGUUGUAAAGUAAGCUGCUACACUCACUACACACUACUACCAUACACGUGUGAUGCUACGUAUCCGAGAGACGAUAGAGCUUCGGCUGAGGCGACAGGCAGAUCUGGAAAAGGGGGGGCUGUCAUGUCUUACCCUGACCCAAGCCCUGAGGCCUACUUGCGCGCCUCCAGCUGCAUAAUGGUUUAGUAACGUAGCGUCAGUCUUGGACGACGACGACGAGGACGACGUUGACGACGAUGGCAAGUAUCGGCC